UUGUGCGUUUUCUCUCGGUUGCUGCUUGAGCUCGGAUCGCUGAGGCGCAGCCGUGUUCGUGCUGUAGCCCAUGGAGAGGAGCGCGUGCGGCUCGAGCGCGGUGUUCCGCAGAGGGGGGCUCCGCUAUGUGGAGGUGCUCCUCCAAGGAGGAGCCCCCUGGGGCUUCACUCUCAAAGGUGGUCUUGAACAUGGGGAGCCGCUCAUCAUAUCCAAGGUGGAGGAAGGUGGGAAGGCAAGUCUGUUAGAACAUCCUUUGGAGCCUGGGGACCAAGUGGUGAAUAUUAAUGAGGUGGAGCUCAGUGGCUUCAGACAAGAGGCCAUCUCGCUGGUCAAAGGGUCCUACAAGACUCUUCGGCUCACCGUCACCAGGGAAUGCAGUUUGGACCCUGGCUGCAGCGAACCGGCCACGCCGCCCCCUGUUGGACCCACCCACAGUCAAGGACAUUCCCAGGACAACCGAGGCUAUUCUGGUGGGGUGAAACUGCACAUCAGGAACAGGCGAAGUGAACCAGUGUCACGACCCCACUCGUGGCACUCAGCCAAACUCGGGGAGGGUCAGCAGGACCCCAGCAUGAUGCAAAUAUCUCAGGGCGGCAUGGGCGCUCCCUGGCACCAGAACUGCCAGUCCAGUGCCUCUACCACUGACCUCUCCAGCUAUGACCCUGGGUACCUGAGGAAAAGUCCUGACCAGUACAGCUCACGAGGCAGCAUGGAAAGCCUGGAUCAUGGUCACCCAGCCUACAGCUCCUGUCAUCAGCUGUCCUCCUCCAAGUCUUCCAACAGCAUUGACCAUCUGCACAAUAAGCGGGACUCAGCCUAUAGUUCCUUCUCCACCAGCUCCAGCAUUCCAGAGUACCCUACAGCAGGGCCCUCUUUUACUAAGGAGCGCUCCUACUCCAUGGAAAGCAUGCUGUCACAUCGUGGGCCAGAGGGCAUGCGGCAAGCCGAUAUACGCUAUGUGCGCACAGUCUAUGACCCCCAGCAGGGCAUUUCUCAGGAGCAUGAAGUUAGUUCUGCUAAACUGCUGCAGAACACUGAAGCCAGGACUAAGACCGAGGGCCGAGGAGGGGGCCCAGGGGAACUCACAACCCGCAGCAAUAGUACUGGUGGGAGCAGUUGCAACUCCAUGACCAAUCAUAACAGUGUCGGAUCCACAUGGGGCCAGGCAAGCAGCCGUAGCUCAUAUGAAAAUUUGAAAGGCGCACCAGCACCACCACUGCGCAGCGAUAGCUAUGCUGCCAUUAAGAACCAUGAACGGCCAAACUCUUGGUCUAGUUUGGAACAAGCUCGGUCCUUAAGGGCCUUGCAGAAGGGUUCUUGGACUCACUCCAGCGGCUCGGUCAACUCAGCAAAGUCCUCCUUUACGGCAGAAGGGCAACUACACACAGUGAUGGAAAAAAGCCCUGAGAGUAGCCCCACCAUAAGGCCCAAGCAGAACUUCCCCCAAGCUCCUCAACCAGGGCGUUUAAUGCUUCCCACAGGCAUCUAUCCAGUACCCCAGCCUGAGCCGCACUUUGCUCAAGUUCCCACCAGCUGUCCAAACUCUGGUACUAUGUAUCCUGCUCUUGCUAAGGAAAAUAUGUGUCCCUCUCAGAGAGAUCAAGACAGGGAGAUUAAUAAUACUGAUGGGUUGACAAUGGAGAAGAGAAACCAAAGUAACACCCCUUCCAUUGCCAGCCAGACCACUGGCUUUCCUAAACCAAAAACACUGAUGCAUCAUGAAGGAAGGCAGGAAGACUCUAAUACCAAAUUCAGUCACUACAGGCCACAUUUUAGACCUAACACAGAAGUAUAUGGGAUGUCCCAAGUGCAAAACCAGGAGCCUACUUACAGACACUUGGAACAGAGUGUAGCCCAGGAAAGGAGGGAUCCAUAUACUCGAGUUCAACAAAGGGUAGACAGACAGAGGCAUUCACAGAGCUUUGAAAACACAGAGGUGCAUAGACAGACAAGAGAGGAAGACCCAGUCCGAUCCAUUGCAUGGACCCAUCACCUCCAGAAUACAGCAGCAUCAUCUGAGGCCAGGGACACAUUUAAUUGUACACAGGCACCUUAUGGUAUUUGCAAAGAUGUAAGUUUCCCUACCUCCCAUGGAGGCAGAGGCGAGUCUGUUCACACCCAAAAAAAUGCUGCCGCAACUCAACUAAGACACUACAGUGAGACUGAUGCACUCCAUCAGCAGUCAGACCAUCCUUUAACGCGACUAGAGAAUGCCCUGGUGCAGGUCCAGAGAUCAAACUCAGAAGAUCCUCCAAGCCAGUGCAGCCUACAGACUGAAAGUAAUGAGAUGGAUGCCAUGCACCUCUCCGUGCUGGAGAAAGUUAACCGCUUCGAGCAGCAAAGGCGUUCACAGAGCCAGAAUGACAUGCAUCGCAGCUAUGCUAGUCGUAGCUCAACCCGUCCCAGUCAGGCCCCCAGCACCAAAAACCCUUAUUCUUGCAUGGAAGACAGCCACAGCAAAGGAGAAGUAAAUACCAGUUCCACCACUAAGGCGUGGAGUCUUAGCAGAACGCAAAGCUGCACUACAGAAGGAAAAGGAAUGGGGGGACUUGAGGACAAUAAAGAAUUCCAGCAGUAUCCAACAGCAUUUCAAAUGUGUGGAAACAGAGAGGCCCCUCUCAAAAAUCCUCAUUGUAAGUUCAUGCCAAUCCAGCGGAGCAAGAGCACUUACCAGCUUGGUGGAGAGAAUGGUAAGGAUUUCCACUGGAAAGAAGAUCUUGAGGACAUUCUAGGCACCAUCCAGGACUCCUCCUUCAACAGGGCAUACAGAGAUAGUAUCAAAGAUGCUCAGACCAAGGUCCUCAGGUCAACUUCUUUCAGACGGAAGGAUUUAAGUGCCAAUCCAUCAGUGCCCAGUAAGCAUUUAUCACUGGAAAGAAAGGCUCCCAAAACAAGCCCCAAGCCUGUUAUGACAUCCCCACACACUCCAAAAGAGAGGCACAUUGUCACUCCUGAGGCAGACAAAUCCAUUCCUCCCCCACUUCCAAGUGUUCCACCUGUUGGACUCGCAGUCACCAGGAUUGGAGGCCGAAAACGGCUCACUCUUGAACAAAAGAAGCGGUCUUACUCCGAGCCAGAGAAAAUGCAUGAGUUGGGAUUGUCUGAUGGCGAGGACUCGCAGAAAAAGGUUUCACAGCAGUUCUUUUUCCCAGAGACAAGUGUAGCAGACAGACGCAAGCUCUUUGAAAUGGCUGCCACCAAAAGCACAGGUCCGAGCCUCAGCAUCUCCCGUCCAGAGCUUAAACAGCUACAGCAGGAUGCUCUGGCAGAGUACAUGGAGCGCAAGACUGGUCGGCGGGCUGCUGGACGCAGCCGUCCUGCCAGCGCUUACAUGCAGCCCUCAUCCUCUGACUCCCAGAGUAUUUCUUCAGCAUCUAGUUUUGCUUCCCUACAGGAGCCAAGUUUGCCAUGCACCCCACAGUCAGACAGCUAUCCAAAAACAAACCGUCUUUCCUCCACUCUUCCCUCCGGCUUAAAAGGUACCUUUUACCCAAAUGAAAAACCUACACACCUGUACUCCCACAGCAACAGUGCCUCCCUACCCAAGCAACAGGAGACACCACAAGAACUUUUUGGUUCUCAAAGGGAAAUCAGUAGAUCUAGCCCAGCUACUUCAUCUGAGUACCUGCAGAGCAAGCUCCCUUUGCUGCAUCAAGACAGAUCGUUUCAGAGGAUUGUGCCUGCAAGGAGCUCUGGGAAGUCUGCUUCAGCAGAAGACUUGCUGGAGCACUCUGUAGAGCCAAAGCUGAUUCCUCAGCACUUCAGGUCUCGAUCCUCACCCUCAGAUGAAAAGUUCAAUAAGACUGCAGAUGUAGAUCAUUCGAUAUUUGAGAUGUUUUCAAAGGAGUCCUUGUUAUCCUACACGGGCAACAGAAGGCUUGUGAGGAAUCCAGAUCAGGACAGGCCUACAGGAACUGCAGUCAGGAUGGAGAAGUACAUGUCGAUCCAAGGCACCUCCCAGCUCAACCCUCCAGUCAUACGGAAGGAGAAGCAACGGCAGGUGGAGCGGCAGCGGGCGCACAGUGCCGUGGGCCUGGCGGCUUCUGUUGGUCUGCCCUGCUCUUUCUCCCCACCACCCAGCAGCACAGAGCUGGACUGGCAAGCCAGCGAGAGACUGUGUCAGGCCAACAUGGAUGCGCUCGCCCGCAAUUCAUUCCCUUUCCGAGCUCAGGCCCAGUCUGCUCCGGAAGGCGUGACGCCCCAGAGCUCUACAGACACCAGCACCACUGAGGAUACAGAGAAGGAGGUCCAGUGGGAGGGCUAUGCCUCUCAGGUUCCCAUUACCACAAAGACCAUGAGCAUACCCUGGGAUAAAGGACAGGAAGAUGACCACAGUGCUCCUUGCCUGUCCCUAGCAUCACAAGGGUCCCUGUCCCAGACAGAGAGUCCCUCUCCUACACAGCCCCAGCACCUCCCCUCCCUGCGCAUCUCAGAGUCCAACCUCCACUUCUCCCUUCCCGCUCAGUUAUCAAAGGAUGACGAUGAUGUAUUUCUUGAGGAUCCAGCCCCACCCACCCCACCGCCACCGCUAACGCCACCGUGCGCACCCCUUCGGGAAACAGAGCUCAUAGAUUUCCCACCUCCUCCUCCACCAACACCUCCCACAGAAAAUGAGCAGGGUGUUAACAACCUCAGUGAGACCAUUUUCGACAGUACAGCAGCCAAGCAGCUGCAGAGCCUCCCUGCCUUGCCUGUGGCCUCUGACCUUCCCUGCACAUCCGUCACGCCGAGCCUGAGUGCGGAGAGUGAUGUCCAGUCGCCGCCUGGCCCCACCAAAGAUGUGGAAUAUGGUACAGUCUGCGAAGACCAGAAGGGCUUAGAAGAGGAAGUAGUGCUUUGCAGGAGGGAGCGCUCAGCUGAGGAGCUCAGGGUGGAGGCGCUGUCACGGGAGCUGGUCUCCAGGGACAAAUCAUUGACCCCCAUCCUGGGAACGUGGGCGGUGAAGACUACUGUGGACUUGAUGGAGGACAUCUUUCCUACUGGAGCUCUGCUACCACAGCAACAAAGGAGAAGCACCCAGCUGGAGGACCGAAGUCCGGGAGGAAUUUCCACUGAAGAGGACGUGCCACUACAGAGUCAGAACAGAGAGAUGGAGACAGACCUGGAUGAGGAGGAGACAGACCUGAAUCUAAAGAAGGCGGAAUUGGUGGAGGCUUUGACCCUCAGUAUGACUGCACUCAAAGAGGAGAGGGAGGCCCUGGCAGAGGAGCAGAAGAAGUUCAGUGAAUUGGGAAACCACAUAGAAGCGCUGGUGCAGGAGUGCUGCAAACCCAAUGAGUGCGACAAGUACCGCAUGUUCGUGGGAGACCUGGACAAGAUCGUCAACCUGCUGCUGUCACUGUGUGGCCGGCUGGCCCGUGUGGAGAACGCCCUCACCACUCUGGAUGGCCUGGAUUCAGAGGACAGCACCAAGGAGAGGGAGUCCCUGCAGCAGAAGCGGAACCAGCUGUGCUGUCAACACGAGGACGCCCGCGAGCUGAAGGAGAACCUGGACCGGCGGGAACGUGUGGUUCGGGAGAUCCUGGCCGGGUACCUGAGCGUGCAGCAGCUGCGCGACUACCAGCACUUUGUCCGCAUGAAGCCGGCGCUGCUGAUCCGCCAGCGGUGCCUGGACGACCUGAUCAGGCAGUGCGAGGAGCAGCUGCAGCAGCUGGGGGAGAUCUUCCUGGCGGAGGCCCGGGACCUGCCCGGAGGCCCCAUACCCGCUGCCCCGUCCUCCUCUGCCCGUUCCACCACAGUCACCUCACUGUGACCUCUGCACACACUGCUGCUCACACCGACUGCUAUACUUGACGAAAACUCCCCACUUGACCAGCACCAGCAACCCCGCUAACCUGCACGUCUGCACUCCUUUCAUACGCUUCCCCGUCACCCCCUGCUCUUACAGGAGACAUCUGUGAAAGACUGACCGAGUGUACGUAAAAAUCCAUCUGUGUGCGUGUGUUUGUGCGUGUCCUAUUUUUGUUCCAACAUCGACAUCAAGUAUGUGAUUACUGUCAUCUUGAAAUUCUUCGCUGGCUUGAACGCACUGCUCUGCCAAGGCUUAUCCCCAAUGAAGGGUUUGAAGGACUGAUUUUCGAAGGUUGACCACAUUAAGGGGCUAGCAAUCAAUCUGCUGUGU